AGUCCCAGUAGAACGUUUUUGGCAUAAGAAGAGCUAGCUGCCUUGCAGAGUACAUUUUUUGUUAAAUAGGGUGAAGCUUAAAAACAAUGACACUCCUAGCAAAUGGAUUGAUGCUGUGUGCUGUAUUCAUUCUGUCAGAGACUGGUGUUUUGGCCUCCAGAAGCAGCAGCAGAAGCAGAAGAAUGCUGAUCAAUGACCAUGGGACACUGACAACAAUAAUUAAAAGAAAUAACCCAGGUGACCUGUGUCUGUUGAUGAAAUGUUCAAAGCCAAAAGGAUCAUGGUGUCAGGUGUUCACUGGAAAAGAUGGUACUCAGAAACCAAGAUGUGUCUGUCCUAAAACAUGUCCAAGUGAGCCACACCCUGUUUGCAGUAACUAUGGACGCCAGUAUGACAAUGAAUGUUUGCUGCACAAAGAAGCCUGCCGAAAACACAGACAAAUCACUGUUUCUUAUCACGGAGCAUGCUUAGCCAAACAAGCACCAUGCUCAAAGGAGGACUUUGCUGAAUUUCCUUUCCGGCUGCUGAACUGGUUCCUGCAUCUGAGAGAAAUUGAUGAAUUUGGGGUAGUUAACGACACAACCACCCAGGCACUGAUGACCAAAAAACAGAGAAAAGAGCUUGCAAAGUGGCAGUUUGAAGUCCUUGAUAUAAACAAAGAUGACAUGCUCAGUCAACGAGACCUCGUGGAGUUCCGUUAUCGUCUUAUGCCUCUAGAGCAUUGUGCUGGGGAGUUUUUUAGGUCAUGUGAUGCCAAUGGAAACCAAAAUAUCAGGUUAGAGGAAUGGAUUUACUGUCUUGUGAAAAGGUCAGAGAAGUGGUAUGAGGAGUUUAUGGCAAGGAAAAUGGGACCGAAGGAGAUAUGGCUCAAACCCAAACUAAAGGUCUAACUACAAAUCAUCUGGCAUUUACCCUGCCAAAUGGAUUAUAGUUAAUUUCAAUUUAAAUCAUGUGUAAUGUUCUGUAUCCUUAUCCAGCAGUGAUUUAAUAUGCAAUGGUCCUAAAACAUAACAUAUCUUAGUUGUAAAAGAUUCACUGCUGUAAUACUGAAAUGUUCUCUUUAAGAAUUCCUAACAAUGUUUUAUUAUGAAUCUAUUCCUCUGUUAUGUUGAUAAUAAAGUGAUAUA